AUGGCGUCAACGUUUUCGCUUCUUGCAGCGAUAUUCUUGCUCAUCCUUUGGGCAGUCGUUUGGACUCUCUGUCUCCUUGGAUGGAGAACGGCGCGAAUAAGGUACGCUCACCCUACGCUGCCUUCGCGCAUAUCCGCUCUUUCACCAAAGGCAGCACCAGGAGUGACGAUAAUCCGACCAUUGUCUGGGUUGGAUGAAAAUCUAUACAAUACAUUACAGAGCUGUAUGACGCUUGAUUACCCAAAAUACGAGGUGUUAUUCGCUCUUCAAGAUGAGAACGACGAAGCUCUGCCUGUCGUGAAAAUGGUCAUGGAUAAGUAUCCAGAAGUGAAAGCUAGAGUACUCAUAGACAAUACGAGGAUUGGUGUCAAUCCCAAAGUGAAUAACCUCAUUCGACCUUUUGCCGAAGCAAGUUAUGAUCUCGUCUGGGUAAUUGAUUCAACUAUCUCAGUCACAUCUGGUACGCUUGGUCGAGCGGUGGAAGCGUUCAUAUCAAAUAAUACGCCAUACUCUUCCCUUGAUGAUCCAGAAUCUUCUCAACUCAUGUCAAUUUCAGAUGACGUGAGAAAACCUCCCAUGUCAGGUGAAGUAGGAUUGAUACAUCAGGUUCCUAUCGCUGUUUGUUAUCAAAAUACAUGGGGAAGUCUGAUAGAACAAGCUUAUCUAAAUACCACCCAUGCUAAAAUGUAUCUUGCGAUCAACGCUGUCGCCAUCGAUUCAUGCGUUGUUGGAAAGUCCAACCUGUAUUCAAGAGAUUCGAUAUCCAAGCUCAACACACCCGCACCAUCCCUGCGACAAUCACCGAAUCCACCAACGGGUUUAGCGGCUUUCAGUCUGUUUUUAGCCGAAGAUAAUAUGAUAGGUCUUGGAUUAUGGCACCAACUCAAUCUGAAACACGCUAUGACUUCCGAUGUAGCACUUGACUUCCUUGGUGCACUUUCGGUCAGGGACUAUAUAGAUAGAAGAGUACGUUGGUUGAGGGUGAGAAAAAAGAUGACACCGUUAUUUGUUACGUUGUUAGAGCCAUUCACCGAAUCUUUGGUGUCUGGUUUGUGUGGUGCAUGGGCAGUACAACGUUUACUGGGAGCGAGUAUUCCUGCUCUGUUGCUUGUCCAUUUGGCAGCCUGGUUGACGGUUGACCUAUCGACAAGAAGAGCGUUAGAAACCAAUAUCAAAGCUUUGAAACCUCCGGGAUCUCAAGCUGUUUUCCUCACCGCUUGGCUAGCAAGAGAGUGCUUAGCGCUGCCAGUCUGGCUAUGGGCGAUGACAAGUGAUGAGGUAGUUUGGAGAGGGAAGCGAUAUAUGAUUCUCUCUUCAGGUGCAGCAAUGACACUAUGA